AUGCUUCAAGGCUAUAGAAUCCUGCAGAUUGCUGCCGCCGCCGCUUGCACAUAUCUAAUCCUCACCUUUCUUUCUUUUGAGUCCAGAGCCACAGAAUGGCGCCAGAAUAUAUCCCACUUGUCUCACAGUGGAGUUAGCGACAGGGAUCUUGCUCACAUACAGAAUGAAACUCUCGGGUUUGAACACAUCUAUGCGAUCGGUAUGAAAGAGCGACCCGAUAAACGUGAUUUCCUUGAUGUUGCAGCGUCGGUCACGGGCUUCAAAGUGGAUUGGCUCGAGGGAGUAAGACCAGAUGAGUUGAAGCAGAAGGCAAUGCCAAAUGGGUUGACUCUCUCAGACACCAAACCCGCUAUUGUUGCGUGUUGGCGCGCGCACAUGAAUGCAUUGGUCAAGAUCAUCGAGAACUCCUACUCGAGUGCCUUGAUUUUUGAAGACGAUGCCGAUUGGGAUGUGAACAUCAAGUCGCAGCUACACGAAUUCGCACGUGGAUUGCACUCAUUACAAGGGAACGAGAAGGUGUCUCAAGAACACCCCUAUGGUACUGACUGGGAUGUCCUUUGGAUUGGAGGAUGUGGUUCCGAGCCGAACAAGAACGAGACUCAGUUUUAUGCCAUUCCCAACGACCCUACACUCCCAAGUCACCAAUACCGACGUUGGGAUCUAGGCGGGACUCCUGAUAGCUGGAAAGAACAGUUUCCCGAAGAUUCCACACGCUUUGCUUUCCGGGCAGAAGCAGCUUGCUGCUUAUUUGGCUAUGCCGUUUCUAAUAGAGGAGCGAGAAAGAUUCUUGCCGCUCUUUCCAUCGAUCACCUUGAACAACCGGUCGACAAUGCUAUGAGUGGGCUGUGUGGAGGCAAUUCAGGACGUCGACAGAUUGACUGCUUUGCCACCUUCCCACAACUCAUUGGAACAUACCGGAAAGCGGGCCCCGCAUCCAGCGACUCGGAGAUUGAGAACUAUAGUGAGAACCAGUACCACGAAGAGGUAUCCAACUAUGUGAUGUAUAGUACCCGGCGCAACAUUCAUCGUUUGGUUGCAGGCGAGGAGACUGUUUAUGCCCAAUGGGACGAUGUUCCAUGGGCCGAAGGGCAAAUUAAUCCUAAGGAGUUGAUCUACCCUCACGGAAUUCUGGUCAACUGA